CUCCAAACAACCUGCGCCGAACCGGUCCGUCCACUUCGCCAAAAGCACGGGGCCUACAGUCCGAUCCGAUCCCCGAAGCUCCUCCAAACACACACCCAACAUGAAGAUCCGGAGGUUGUUCAAGUACCACAGUUUGAAGAAAAAGCCCAUCAGGCCGACAUGGAACAAAUAUAACCUGUACAACCUGGCUACGGCCGGGAGAGAACCCAGAAUCAGCGGCAAGACAUUCUUCCAGCAGAAAUGGCUCGCCAAGUCCUUGACACGAGCAUACCACGGCGAGCACAUCAAGGAACGCAAAUGGGCGCGCAUGUUUAGCCGUCGCCUACCGGCCGUCGUCAACAUGGACCCGGCAUACAUGGCCAAAUAUAACGGCAGCGAACAAGCCGCCGGCCGCGGUUCCGGCCUCUCAGAGCCCCCAGCCUACGAGAAGACCGCCGACGAGAAACCUGCCAAGCAAGUCAUCGCCAACCCGGGCAGGAAGGUUCCCACGCCGUACGAGCAAAUGACCUUUGCGCCUCUCGAGAGACGCCUCGAUAUCGCCAUAUUCAGAGCCCUCUUUGCCAGCAGUGCGAGACAGGCCCGCCAGAUGGUUGUGCACGGUGCCGUCACCGUCAACGGCAAGAAGAUGAAACACCCCGGCUACCUCCUGAACCCUGGCGAUCUCUUCCAAGUCGACGUCGAGCGCGUCCUCUACGCGACCGGUGCGCCCAAGGACAAGAAGCUCCUCGCCGCGGCUAUGAAGGCCGCCAAGAAGGAACUUGCGGAGGAAGCACAGGAAGCCGCCGAAGAGAAGGAUGCGGAGGCUGAGGAGGCCGAGGAAGGAGAGGCACAAGAAGCAACCUCCAAGUCCGGCAAGACGGAGAAGCAAGUCGACACCUCCAAGUUCGACGAGGCCUGGAACCGCAAGUACGAACUCCUGCAGCUCCAACGUCUGCUGCAGUACGCCAAGCACAUCGCCGACUCGCCGUCUCACCAGCUCUCCGCGACGCGCAAGCAAGCCUUGCGCGCUUUGAAGCGCGACAUCAAGGCCGCCAUCAAGCAAGCGCAGCGGCGCGACGGGUCCGUUUCGCCAACCGGUAACGUGGUGGACGACCUGACGAUGCUUCUCGAGCGCCUUGCGGUCUCCCCUUCCAAGGCCAUCCAGCAGGAGGAGGCGGCCAAGGAGCUGAGCAAGAAGCUUGACAAGCAGUCGCGCCAGGUGCUCAAGAAGGUGAUCGAGUACAACGACGAGCACGAGGACAACGAGAUCGACCCAAGCAAGCCGUACAUGACCCCCUGGAGGCCGCGCAACUACAUGUCCGCCUUCGCGUUCAUCCCCCGCUACCUCGAGGUCAACCAGAACAUUUGCGCGGCCGUCUACCUCCGCCACCCCGUGGCGCGCCCGGGCGAGUCCGAAGUACCGUCGCCGUUCUCCCCUACUAUCAACCAACUCGCGUUCAACUGGUACUUGCGGAGAGGUUAAAGGAGGUCGGUCCAGUUAGGAGCGAGGGAAUGAGAAGGGGAGAUGGGGGGAAGAACGGAAGCCACUCUCUACCGUCUCAGAGCGGCAGAAUUUGGCAAUGGACGAUGGAAGUCGCCCGCACCCAGUUCUUUGCAUGUCGCGGGUACGCUCUAUUGUGCUUGUUGCAUCUUCAAGGCAACCUCGGAUGAUGGGAUACUCUGCACCUGUUGCGGCUUCAGUUGGACCAUGCGUUGGAAA